CGAAUUACGACCAAUUUAAGAAAAGACUGGCGUAAUUAGCAUGAUGUACAACUAGCCUUUCUGAGGUAGUGGAGGAAUAAUCUGACUUAGCAGGGGUGUGUCAUAGAUCAUGCAUGUUAAGGCGUUCGGGCGAGGCAUAAAAAGGACUGUAUUCCCAUGAAAACGGCGCGGUCUCCUCCAUAUUCCUCUCUUUACCAAUUUUACACCAAUUUGGUCCUUCAUCUACUGCUAGUACUGCUCGAUAUCCACUUAAGCAUCUCUCGUCAUGGGUGGCUCCUACGAACAGAAGCUAUUGGCACGGGUUGUACUUAUCGUUGGUGGGACUAGUGGCAUAGGCUUUGCCGUGGCACAAGCUUCCAUAUCCGAAGGAGCGCAUGUCAUUAUCGUUUCGUCGCAGCCCGAGAAGGUCACUUCAGCUAUUGGGCGUCUGAAGAAUCUCUGUCCUUCCGGCUCGGUUACAGGGCGAACCUGUGAUCUGUCCGAUGCCGAUGAUUUGGAAGAUAAGCUUGAACAGCUCUUCCAGAGUAUUGAAGGCCCACUCGACCAUAUUAUCUUCACUGCCGCCACGACCCCCGCUAUGGUCCCUGUAUCUGGGUUGAACGUCAAUAUCAUCCGUCAAGCUAGUAGCCUAAGCUUCAUGGCACCACUCCUCGUCGCUAAAGUCGGCGCCAAGCACCUAAGACCGGGACAUGAAUCCUCAAUCACCUUGACGGGAGGAAGUGUUGGAGAGAGGCCCCAGGGAAAUUGGGUUCUCCCCGCUGCUUACGCAGCUGCUAUUCCCGGCAUGGCUCGUGGAUUAGCACUCGAGUUGAAGCCAACUCGGGUCAAUGUUGUUAGUCCUGGAGCUACUAUGACGGAAAUUUGGAACCCGAUGCCAGCUGAGAUUCGACAAGGAACUUGGCAAGCCAUUGCUCAAGGACAUACCACGGGGAAGAUGGGUCGACCUCAGGAUGUCGCUGAGGCUUAUGUGUAUCUGAUGAAGGAUUGGAACAGUAGCGGAAGCGUGGUUCACUCGAAUGGUGGUGUCUUGCUUAUGUAG